AUGACUGAUUCAAUCGCCUUUGAAACUGACCUUAGUCCUGUCGUCUCCGCCGCAUUGAGCAUUGGUGAGGUGGGGAAAUCUCUCACAUCCGGUCAGAAAUUCGCCAUCUUGACCAGAACCGGUCACAGUGGGUUGCAAGACCUCGACGAUCUUCCACCAGAGGCCGCCUACAUGAUCACUAAGGUUGAGGA